CCCACCCUGGAUGUAUACAGCCUGGAAUGAAAACUGCACGAAAAGCAUUUCAUGUCGGAAACUUAUCACAGAUUUUAAAGGAUUUUUGCGUCUAGAUGAAUCCGGUGUGUGUAUGAAGCUGCUCCGGGUUGUGCCCAUUUCCCCAGGAUAGUGAAACUAGUGCUCGGCUGCUGGCGAUGCUAAUGAAAGUGAUGGGCUGUAUAGGUGGACGAGCCAGCGUCAAGGAGGCGGAGGACGAAAAAUGGAAACGAGAAGCCAAUAAGAAAAUCGAGAAACAGUUGCAGAAGGACAAACAGCUAUACAGGGCGACACAUAGGUUACUUCUACUAGGUGCUGGUGAAUCGGGGAAAAGCACAAUAGUAAAGCAGAUGCGAAUUCUUCAUGUUUCUGGAUUCGAUGAUUUGGAAAAGAAAGAGAAAAUACAAGACAUUAAAAAGAAUAUUAGGGAUGCUAUCCUGACAAUAACAGGAGCAAUGCAUACAAUGAAUCCACCUACAGAGUUAGCAGAUCCCAGUAAACAGGACAGCUUCGACUAUGUACAAGAUGUUGCUAGUCAACCUGACUUCGAAUAUACAGAUGAGUUCUGGUAUCAUACAGAGAGGUUGUGGAAGGAUAAGGGUGUCCAAACAUGCUACGAACGUUCCAAUGAAUAUCAACUGAUUGACUGUGCUAAAUA